AUGUUCACUUCUGCCGUACUCCUCGCUCUGGCUGACUUGGUCGUCGGCAGCGUUCUUUGGGAUGGCCGACUCAACAACUACACCGAUGCCUCGUUCCUUGACGACUGGUCAUGGUCAAACCAAAACGGACCUUACCAAUACUACAUCCAUGGAAGCGGCUCGAGAGAUAAGUACGUCACCAUGUCAGCAAGUUACAAGAAUCCCGCGGACACCGGCUCCAAUCAAGGCCUUCGCAUCACGAUUGACAACACCUCAUCCUGGAACGACCAAACCAUGAUGCGCACCGAAUUGAUACCUCAGACUAAGGCGGCCAUCAAUGCCGGCAAGGUGUUCUACCACUUCUCUAUGCAGCAUACGGGCACCAACCCGCCUUCUCAGGAUGAAGAGCAUCAGGUAUGCUUCUUUGAGAGCCAUUUCACGGAGAUGAAAUACGGAACCUCCGAAUCUUCCAGCAACCUACUUCACUGGUAUGCAAAUAGCGAGAGCCAAUGGAACGUCACUUUUGAGGCGGGUGUUUGGCACAACAUUGCCUACGGUAUCGACUUCGACGCUCAGACUGUCACCUUCUACCACUCCACAGCGUCGGACGAUUUGGUCGAGAUUGCAGGUCCUAUCUCUGCGAGCACCUCUUCCAACGGGGCCGACUGGCAUCUCGGUGUUCUUCGGCUGCCAGCUUCAGGGAGCAGGGGCGCAGCGACAGAAGAUUGGCUCUUCUCCGGAGUCUACAUCGAGAGCGGUGACCUCACCAAGUCGAUCAGUGGUCCUGGAAACUCGUCGACUUCGAGCUCUGUAGUAGCUCGAGCGGCGUUUUCCACACUCGCCGCUAUGCCGAGACAAGCGACAACUUUCCAGACCAUCGCGUUGGCCAGCAAUCCGGCUUUCGUAUUCACUGGCAGGCUUCCCGAAUCAACCACUGCUGCCGCCUCAUCCUUUCUUGAGGUCAAUCCCGCCAUCUCCUCGUUCGCAAAAGCGCUAAGUUCUGUCGCCGCGACUCUCACGGCUCCGGAAGUUGCUGCCACUACAACAUGUGUCCCGUCAAUAUCAGGUUGA